AUGAAGUCUUUCUCCACCUCCCCUCGCGGUCGCUCCAACUUCGACAACGACUCCGAUUAUUUGAAUACUAUUCCCGAUCCACGAACACCCAGUCCAAACCCACAGCGCGCCAGUCCCGCAGAAGACUCCCAGAAUCAGCAUCCCGACCUUAGUAAUGAAGUUGCUAUGCUUAGCACAAAACUCAUCAACGCAAUCAACUACCAAACAAAUCUGGACGAUUCGCUACAACACACUCGCCAUGAGCUCGAGGCUGCAAGGCAGCGCAUAGCACAACUAGAACAAGAAACACAAAGACAUGAGUCUCUGGUCUCGAGUGGUGCUCUUGUCAACAAGACCGAGGUCGACAGUCUCAGACAAGAGCUGACAGAAUCGCAAAAGCAAAGAGAUAUUGCUGAAAAGGGCAGGAAAGAGAUGGAAGUCGAGCUUGAGAAUCUUACCAGUGCUUUGUUCGAGGAGGCUAAUACUAUGGUAGCUGCUGCGCGCAAGGACGCCGAAGCUACCGAACGAAAGAACGCACAAUUACGGACUCAACUCAACGACACUGAACUUCUUCUGGCCUCACAACAGGAACAAUUGCAAGAUUUGAAGAGUGUCAUGGAAAAGAUGACCGAGGACAGAGAUCGCGAUGAGACAGACACUAUACCUCGUUCUUCGACAGCCCCUUCAACGCCAGGCGUAGAUUCGUCCAAGAUGAGCACCAUGUUCGAUUCGCUUCCCUUCUCUCCGAACGCUACAAAUUUCAGCGACGUUCUUCCAGAUCAACCUCUUCGAUUCUCGCAUCUCAUUGUCCCUAUUAUGCGCAACGACGUCGUUGCUUAUGUCGAUUUUGCAGAUCUCCUCAAGUCUGCGCGAGCGGCUGCUCCUUCUCAUUCUCGCAACUCAUCAGGCAUCAGCUCGAGUAUGUUUGUCGCUUCUGCCGCCUCAUCCUCGCCGCAGAUUCCCGGUUCAUUCAGUUCUGGCGCUGCUGCAUCACCUCAAAAUACUUCAUUCCAGUCAUCGAUGCCGCCGCUCAAAGACAACAAGUUCUACAAGAGAUGCCUCGUCGAGGAUGUGGAACCCACAUUACGUCUUGACCUUGCUCCAGGUCUUUCGUGGCUAGCCCGACGGACAGUUAUUGCAGCUGUCACUGGUGGAACUCUGGUCGUGGAGCCCUUCAUACCACAAUCGCGCUUCUAUGGAAACGCUUACCCAUGCGCUCUUUGCGGUGAAUCUCGCCGAACAGAAGCUCACGCUCGACGCCAUAGAUUCCGUACCAGCGAGGACGAGACUGCUCAGCGAUAUCCCUUGUGUGAAUUUUGCUUAGGUCGAGUCAGAGCAACAGGCGAUUUCCUUGGUUUCCUAAGAAUGGUCCGCGAUGGACUCUGGAGAGCAUCUACCGAAGAAGAUAUGAAAGCUGCCUGGGAAGAGUGUGUGCGUCUGAGAGAAAAAAUGUUCUGGGCCAGGCUUGGAGGUGGCGUGGUUCCA